AGGCAGUGAGUGCUUAGAAGGUCCCUUUCCCAGACACGCCAUGGCUGCACGGACUGUCCCCCAUGCCUACCCCAUGAGUUCGGAGUACGAGUUUGCCAACCCUAGCAAGAUCUAUGACCAGAACUUUGGAGAAGGUGUGUCCCCGUGUGAGAUUUUAGCCCCUGCCCUGUACCAUGGCUACUACAUCAGGCCUCGGAUCAAUAAGCAGCUGGAUCGUGGCACCUCUGAGAUCACCCUCAAUGAGCACAAAUUCGAGGUGUUCCUGGAUGUCUGUCACUUCCUGCCGGAUGAGCUCACUGUCCGCACUGUAGACAACCUGCUGGAGGUGAUGGGGCAGCACCCACAGAAAGCUGACCGCCAUGGCUUCAUCUCCCGAGAGUUCACCAGGACCUACAUCCUCCCUCUGGAUGUCGACCCCUUGCUGGUGAGAGCCACGUUGUCCCACGAUGGCAUCUUAAGCAUUGUGGCUCCCCGGACAGGGAAGGAGGUGAAGGCCAGAGUCAACGAGGUGAAGAUAACUCAACAGGAGCAGCCAGCAGGGAAAGAAGAACAGUCUGAGGAAGGAAAAGGGAAGGAAGAGUCCUAGAGGUCCCAGAUCUGGGCUUGCAUGGGAAAGGCGGGGG